AUGUUGAGUAGUAGUCUUCGGACCAAACCCAAUUCCAUUCCAGGAAUCUCGCCGGUUCAAACACAGCAAGUUCGGUUCAUUUCACGAAGAAGAAUCGCAUAUCCGUUUUACCCAUUCAAAAGACUGGGCAAACAGAACCCCAAGAAACAUGACAGUAACCUGAAAUAUGCCAUGCGUCAGUUUUUGGGUCCUCGCAACUUCAAGGGUGACUACGUGACAAACCGGUAUUUCGAAGUACCGCAAAAUCACGAACCCAGGUAUAUAACGCCAGAUCUCGAAAAGGGUCAGUCGUUGCAGGAUCCAGUGACAGGGGAGCCCCUCACGCUACAAGCAGACGGGUCUGUGGCGCCUGCGGCCUCGCAGCGGUUCCAAAGAAGCUCUGCAGCUUCGCGUGACCGGAAACUGCAGCCUUUCCCAGGCAACAAACACUGUUUUACCAACCGCGUUCUCAGCGAAGAGCUCAAGCUUCAAAUCCGCGAUGAUAUUCAAAACAAACAGCUCUCGACGCAGGUCGUGUCACAGCGCUACGGGCUCAAGAUCCCGCGCGUUGAGGCUGCUGUGAAACUUAUGGAUAUCGAACAAAAUUGGGAAAAAAACAAUCGCAUAGCACCAGGACUCAAAAGCAUGGCUUCUACCCUAUACAAAAUGUUCCCGUUGUUCGAACCUCGGAUUGAAGCCUCCAGAGAAAACCUUUCGGAAAUUCCAGUCCCAGCAAAAGCACUGCGGUCGCGUUUCGUGACUAUUGCCGAGUCAGAACCCUUCGGGCCCGUGGACGCUGCCAAGGUACUGGAACUAGAACCUGCUGCAGAAACAUUGGAAAAAUUGGCAACCCUAGGAGAGCAUUCUGCUGAUCACAAUACAUCUGCGCCCUCGCAUAACAAGAAAAAGAUCAUCUUUGGUCAACUGAACAAGGGUGAAAGGUCUUUGUUCAAAUUUGAAUCCGCUCAUGUUGGUGAUGUCGGUUUGCGUUACGGUUCUGGCAAUCGCGACUCGAAAAAAGACCGCAAAAUCGGCUUCAACAAGCUCGGGAGAAUGGUUUACUUGUAA